CGAUGCCGUAGAUACUGCAACACCAUCAUGCCGUAGAAGCAAUAACGCUUAACCCCUAGAGUGGGUACAUUCAUUCAUUCCUUCAUCUGUGCUGUGAAUCCAUGCUGUAGUACCAGGUGGAAGAUCUGCAUUAUGCACGAUGAGAUCUUCUUCCUAACUGAUUCUGAAUGGAUCUCGUAGUAGAUCUUCUUUAGAGGAGACCAAGACGGAAUAGACCAAGUACGCAUGGACCACGUCUACUCUCCACGCCUAGUACUCCCUUUGCUUCCUAUUUCGUGUGCAAUUUCUGGUGUUGUCCUCGUCUCCCGACUUCCUCCGACUCGUCAGUAGUAUCACUACGUACUGUGCCGGUACUUUUCAGUAUUCGACACGAGGACCAAACGACUGGACUUUUCAUCAUCCACCGACCGGUUGUACUUUCAUUCAUCUGACAAAAUGAAAAUGUUCAAGCGCGGUCUCGUGGUUCAUCGUCAUCUGCAGUUGCUGUUACUAUUCGCUUUCGAGGAAGAGGUGACUUUGUUCACUUGUUCUAGUGUCUUGGCCUCUUAAGGGAAGCAGGUUUUUGGCGUUUCUGUUACCGUUUGUUUUGCCUCUCUCUCCUAAGGGAUGAGAAAAGCACAAAUGAAAACGGGAAACAGAAACACCAAGACCCUACCUCUAAGCCUCGUCCUCAAUCCUGCGACCCUCGCACCUCACACCGCCACUAGCGGAUGACUUUGACUACAUGGCUAGGGAUCUUCAGCAGCCGAAAAAGGAUGAUGUUAAGGCUAGUUUACUAUCACUUUCCACCUAGCUGUAGCUAUGUUUGUGGACUUCUGUGUGGACUUCUAAAUGUGGAGUAGAGUCUCGUCCUUUGAUUUCUUCUAAAGGUGAAAGAAAUCAAGGCGGGAAUAGUGAAAACCCACUUACUUUCUUAGGUAGGAUGAGUAGUGAAAAAGAAAAACUGCCUAUAAGAAUAAGAACGAUCUGGCGAAUAUAUUACAGGCUUAUUCGUCAGAGGCAGCAGCGCAAGAACGAAGUGCAGGACCACCUCACUUGCAUAUUACGGCUCAUCUGCUGCUACUUCAUGUCUCAUUUCCUUCCGCAUGCUGGUGCUGCUCAUUUUUAUCUGUUCUCUUCUUAUAGGAAUACUCGGCUUUCUAUUUUUUGUAGAUCAAUGUAACUAGAAAAUGGAAUUAGGAUCGGAAUUAGGAAAAGGAAAAGGAAAUAUUGAGCAGUCGUUCUUCCACUUCUGAGCUCCUCCUCCUCCCCUUCCUCCUCCCCUUCCUCCUCCCCUUCCUCCUCCUCCUCCUCCUCCUCCUCCUCCUCCUCCCCUUCCUCCUCCCCUUCCUCCUCCCCUUCCUCCUCCUCCUCCUCCUCCUCUAAUUUUAUGUACAACACGCAUGAAGGAGAUCCCGUCGAGGACUACCAGAACUUUAGAAGUUUUCAGCAGGUGUACGGAAUUCAUCUCGUCCAAAGGCAUCUGGAGGAAAAAGACGAGAUGAAAAAGAGAGCCAGAGGAUCCCUGAGAUGGAUUCCCAACACCUCUAAUCCGAAGAAUCAGCCGGACACAGGAAGAAGAAGGGAAGAACAGGAGAGAACAUCACCGAAGAGCUUUGGUGGAAGGGAGCAAGCUUCCAGGAGGAGCACUGCUGAAGAUGUGGAUGCUGCAAGAACAGGGAAGAUCUUUAGGGCUCACCGUGCAGGAUCCAUAACCUAAGCUAUCUAUAAGCUACAACAGCUUAGUGAAGUAGAGUACGCAGCACUUCUUGUUUAUGCUGUUUAUAUUUUCAACGUCAACUUCAGCUUUAUAAUUUAGGGACGAAAUAAGCCCUCCACCUCCCUGAGCACGCUCCUCUGUAUCGGUUCGACCUGUCCACCUGUCCCUCUUCCUCUCCUCUUCAAAACCGUUACAGACUACUUUUCGAAAUUUUUCCUCACUGUACUUCUAGUACUUACUAUUACUUCUGAAAGGUCUACUUGAAUAUGAAUGUGAAUCACAAUUCGCGUGGUGCUGCGUUUAUAGUUCUACUUUAUUUCUAAUGUAGUAGCGUCAACCCUGCUGGCAUCCACGCUUUCGGGAACGGACAGUAAUGCAUCGGACUCCAGUAGAUUGGAUUCGGGCACUUCGGCGUCUUCCAUCAGUGGACCAGUUCGGCUAGAAGAGGACUAUAUGAAUAUGAAAGGAAAAAGUGUACUACUACUCUCUCAAGAAAUUAGCUGAGAUUGAAGUAGGAACAAAGAAUCUAAUAACUUUCUUGUGAGGAUGACGAGUACGCUUUUUCCACCUGUCAUAGACUUGAACGAUGCCCAAGAUGAAGUUGUGCUUUCUGGUGCUACUUCUAGACGAGCAGUAGAAAAUGACUUACCUACUUCGGCAAACGUCACCAUUCAGGACGAACAUGCUGAUGUUGAUGGAGAAGUUUUUGAUCAUGUAGAGGAGGAGGAAGAGCAAGAAAUAUUAAUAAGGGUUGGAAGUUGACACCUCUCUGCGCAUCUCUAUGGCUUCUUGUUCUUCAAUUAGGAAAGCCAUAGACAUACGAGCUAGAGACGCAAACUCUCAACCCCUAAAAAUAGAAGAUGCAGCUCACCUUCGUGAUGUACCUCUUCGGAAACAUCAUGAAGUAGAGACGACUCGUCUCAUGCGGUUAAAGAUGUGCUUGAUAUGAAAGGUCAUUUUCAUUUUGUUCUUUUUCUUAUGGAGCUGCUCAGUUUGCGGUGACAGGAGAAGUCUGUAGCUCGUUGUAUUGAUAACACUAGCAGCCCCAGCCCUGUCAUUAUUCACUUGUAGUCGUACAACUACCAGUCCAGACAGUACGCACACGCAGUUCUUUGUCUCAACGACUUCUAAACAGCUUAUGAAACCAUUAUGAUUUAUAUAAAGUCGUCUACAUCUUCAUCUUCUAAUCUUUGGCCGUUCCAUUUUCAGUUUAUUGGAGAAAACCGCACUCGUGGGAGGCCUGAUUGAGACGCAAUUGCUCGACUGCUGUGGAGAACGCGUGAAAUCGCGAGAACAUGCAGUUUAUUUUUAUGUUGAUUGUUCACGAGCCGCGCCGUAGUUACAACUCACAAGAAUUGCACUCUCCUGCUCAACAUUGAGCGUCUCUUUCAUCCGAAUGAUCAUGGCAACAAGUAGAAGCAUAUCGGUAUCAAUCUUUACAUAAGCGACCCUUACGCCUGUUGCCUUCUCCUAACUACAAGCUUUGAAAAAGGCCCUUUCGGAGGCACUGACCUUAGGAUUUGGUGUGGGGAAGCUCGCUUGGGCAGAUUUGUUGGAGGAAGUAGAGAGUCGUGGAGGGGUCCAAAAGAUGGCUGACGAUAUGAAAGUUAAGACUUAGAUACUGAUAUGAGAGUUAAGACUUAGAUACUGAUAUGAAAGUUAAGACUUAGAUACUGUGAUCUGAAAGUUUUUAAGAUUAAGCGGACUCGUAGAAGAAGUACAGCAACAGCCUCGACUUCCACAUUGCAAUACUGACACUUCUGACUUGGUGUUGGUUCUCGAAUACCUUCGAUGUUGGUACCUAGAAGCAGCAGCAUAGGCUUAGGCUACUUACCUACUUAGACGGUUGUAAGUACCGUCUUAUCGUACCAACUUCUUAUCACCUUGUUGAAAGAGACGGCAGCUGAAAUUCAUCUAGAACGAUUGAGACCAAGAACAAUCCAAAGUUUUUUUUCUAGCAUCAAGAACAACAAAAACAACGAGUCAAAACUUCUGAAUCUUCCGUUGAGCUCUACUUGUUGCAGUUCUAAUUUCAAAGCUUACCUGCGUCCCAAGUUGCUCGCUGGAGUCGAGAAAUUAA